GCUUAUCCUGUUUCCCCCACUCCCUCGUCACCCCUCAGCCUAUUCCCCUCAUUUCUACAACCCCAAACCCUAGACGCCGCCGCCAAAGAAAACUGCCUUCGCCAAUCUCCGCCGCCGCCCACGAGCUCUGCCGCCAUCAGUCACCGCAUCCACAUCUCCGCCGCGGGUUUUGGGUCCUCGUCCUGGACGAUGGUGACAGCCACGAGCUGACGCCCACCAACGAUGUCCACUAGGUGACGACCACCACUGACAACCACCUCGUGUACAUCCGCAAUGGUGGCAACCAGGAGUGGAGGUAGUAAGAGAGUGGCACAACAAGAACAAGUCCCCUCCAGGGUAUAGUCGGAAAAUCAUCACUCGGAGGAUUAAAAAGGCUUCAGGUCCCAACAUGCCGCCAGGAGGUAGGUCUGGUAAGAGAGUGAGGGCACCGGAAGGUUCACAGCUGGAACCUCCUAGUGCCCAGUUAAGAUCAUCAAAAAGGCUUCAACUGUCAGCGAUAGAUGGUCAGCCUGCAGAGGAAGGCAAUGGAUCAGCUGGUGCAGUGCAAGGCAAUGGAGCUGGUGCCCAACAAGGCAAUGGAGCUGGUGGUGAUGACAUUGCAGCCGCAGAGAAUGACAAUGGAGCUGCUGAUCAAGACAUGGCAACUGUACAUGAAGAUAAUGUAGCUGCAGAGGAUGACACUCAAGCUCCUGCACAGCGACGCCCAAGGGAUCCCAGGCCACCCACCAAGGGAGCAUACUUGGACAAGAUGACAAAAGCUAUGGGACAUAGACUGCCCAUAGCUGUUGCUCCAGGCAAAAGAAGGCCUCAUGAACCUGUUCAAGCAGCCAAGUUUGCAUCUGAGUCUGGUGUCCUCAUUCGGGACAACGUUCCUAUCCUACCUCAUUGGAAGAACUACAAGAACGAUGAAAAAUAUUACAACGAGUUUGUGUCAAAGCUUUGCGGGCGCUUGGCCAUAAACAAAACGGAUGAGCCAACCAAGGAAGCUUGCACCGAUAUGCUGCGCUCUUCGGUGCGACAAAUGCGCUAUCGGCUGAAGAAAAAGUACUUCAAUGGUGUGCCUGCAAAUGAGGUUCGGACAUCUUCUCCAGUUUCAUGCAUGUCUGAUGAUGAGUGGAAUGCACUGACUGCAAAGUGGAAAAAUCCAAAGAACAUGGAAACAAGUGAAAAGAACAAGACUAAUCGCAGUAAAGUCAAGUAUCAUCAGACUACCGGCUCUCGUAGCUAUGUGGCACACUUGCAUGCAUAUAAGAAGCAAAGUAACAAUGCAGAACCAAGCACUCACCAAAAUGAAGAACUUGAUGUGGUGGAGGCCUUCAAGACCUGCCAUACCAGCUCCAAAAAAGGUCUUGAUGAAUCAGCAAGAGAGGCACUUUCCAACAUGGAAGCUUUGAGGGCAGCCCCUGUUGAUGAAGGUGAGACAGCAGUUUCUAGUGUGCAGGUUGUGUCCCAGGCCCUCCCCAAGAACAGCUCGAACAGUUUCCUCAAGAAUAUUGGCAUCAAACCAACGACAUCGUCUAAGUCUGCAGCAUUGAAUGAAAGCGACCUUCGGGAGCAACUAGCAGCUGAAGCUAGAGCUGUUGUACAGGGUGAACUCGAUGCUCUCAAGAAGAAAAGUGAAGAAGCUGAUGAAAAGCUCGAGAGGCAACAAAAGGAGAUGGAGGAGAUGAGGAAGCAGAUAGAGAUAAACCAGAAGGAAUUGCAGGAGACCAAUGUGCUGCUCAGGCGUAUGUUGUCCCUCAACAACGCUUCGACAUGAACCGUUGCUGAUGUGUGCUACCAAGCAGUAUGUGUUGCUGCUGCUGGUGCUUGGCAAGGGGUCAAAGUUGUUGGCUGAUUUUGCUUAGGCUAAAACCUAUGAUGUUGAUGCUUGGCAUCUUUAUAUUAUUAGUUGUGUUGUUGAUGUGAACUGAGAUCAAAGUAGAACCUGGAAUGUGAUGUCAAUAGUAAUACAUGAAUUGAGUUUAGUAGUGUUGAGUCAGUUUUAUGAUGACUGGAAUGCUGGAUCUGUUGAACCAUUUGGUCAUUUUAAUAUUAUUUGCAUUUUGUAAAAA